CAUUGCGCAGCAAUUUUAUCUGUUUUCAACAAACAGCAAAGCGCCUGGCAGGACAUGCCCCAUUGAUGGAUGAUUGACGAGUGGACGCAGCACAUUCUUGCCCUCCGGGACGCGUCCACUCCGAUGUUUAUGAAUACAUUGAUCGUGCGACGUGCAGCCGAUUUCGUGCGGGUGUACUACAAGAGCAUGAUAUUGGUCAGCACACGCUCCCUCAAGCAGCCAAAAACAAAAUUGAAGACAUUACAGUAUAUCGAGCAUGGCAAACGAAUCCAUGCGUUUGCCCGCAUCUCGGGCAAUCACGAUGCUCAUGACCGGAGACACAAUGACCCCCUUCAACCGGACGCUUCUCUCAAUUCGAAACAUGGUCGAGAAACUGCCCGAUGAUUAUCUUGACGGUAGCCCAAUGAAAACCGAAUCGAUCACAAGGACGUUGGUGAGCGACGAAAAAGCACUAUCUGAGGAAAAGCCGGACGCAAUCAUCAGUGUAAUCAACGGUGCAUCGUUUAGUCGAGCGAUUGCGUACGGAAUAGCCAAGUCAGAGGUGCAGGCAAUCAACCACAAUCUUGUAACAAGGACUUGGGACGCCUUGGACGACUGGCAAAGGGAGCAUCAGAUACCAACGGCACCAAAUUUGGCAUUCGCAUUCUUUGUGGGUUAUAAGCAAUCAUGCCGCUUUUUAUCGCGUCCAGCGACACCAAUCAUGCCUGAAUAGGACAUGUGCAACUGCCACCACACGAGUCCACAGUUCGGUGACCUCACUGGCUUGGCAAUCAUAACAGCUCAAUUUGAGCUUGAUGUGGUGCCAGAUGU